AUGCCCGGAGUUGCCUUCCCUUCUGUUCCUGCCUCCGAUCUUGGAAUCUUCUUCUCCGACUCCACGGCCUUCUCCCGUUCUAUCUCCGCCUCGGUCUCAUCUUCCAAUUCGCCAUCUCCCUCCUCCUUCCGCUGUUGUAACCCAUUGAAUCUCAGAUCGCUACGCUCUCAUCGUCCCCCUAAGCUUUCUCCUAUUUGUUGCGAUUCUACACACGGAAGCUCAACCUCCCGAUCCGGCCUCGGCGAUUCCGAUCUCGAGUUUCUCCAAGCCUCUGUCCUCGUUGCAGAGACAAGUAUGCAUUACAAAAUGAGGAGACAUGGGUUCCGGGAAGAUUCCAUGUGGAAAGCUACUAGGCAGCUACCGCCAUUUGCGGUAAGAGCCAGCGAGUCCAGGGUUGGUGUUUUCCCAAUUGGACUUGGCUUCCUCCGUCAAUUCAAGCACCCGACCAUUUUUCUCAAGAUCUCUUGUGAUGGUGACUACUUGCUUCCCGUUAUUGCUGGGGAUGCUGCGGUUGAGAAACUAUUGGAUUUACCACUGGAAGGCGACAAUGAGGGAUGCCCUGAUCAGUUCCAGUUUGUGUCUGCUGUUGUCGACAAACUUGGACAUGAAGUUAAAAUGGUGAAGCUUACAAGUAGAGUUUUCAACACUUACUAUGCAAGUCUAUAUCUAGGCAAGCCAGGAGACGAUGAUGUUAUAUGCAUUGAUUCUCGGCCAUCAGAUGCCAUCAACGUUGCAAGAGCAUGCCAGGCUCCAAUAUAUGUGAAUAAAACAAUAGUCCUGGAAGAUGCUAUCAGGAUUGGUUAUGGAGGCAGACCGCAGAGCACAAAGCCCAUUUUCAAUGUUAUCCUUGACAGCGCUCCAGAGGGACUAGAUCCUAUAUCGGAGGAGCUUAAACUAGUGAGAAAUAUGGAUUUGGCGUCUAAAGAGGAAAGGUACAUCGAUGCAGCGAUGUGGAGGGACAGAUUAAAGGAGCUUCAGAACUCGAGCUCAGUUGUAUAUGAGGGUCCUGAGAGCUACGACUAG